UUUCCUCCCUGCUUCACAGUAAGGUUCGAGCGAGGGGUUUGCUAUUGAUGUAUGUGAACGCGUGUCAGGAGCGCGUCGCAGAUUCGAAGGUUCAAGAUGGCAGAUGAUAACGAGAGGCCGGGGCUGCUCAGCUCGUGCUCAAUUGCCUUUGUUCAAAGCAAGUCCUUGUCGAGUACAUUGAUUUCGCAGCUCUCUCAGGUUGUCAAGGACCAUGGCGCCGAGGUCCUGGAGCCGGGCCGCAAAGGCGAGAUUCGCGUCCCGCAGGCCACCCACAUCAUCUCCAACACGAUCGACUUUGACCAGUAUGCGGAGGCGCAGGCCUUGAUGAUCCCCGUCGUAAAGUCCGAUUGGAUCAAGGCGACUAUUGCACGUAACAAGCUCGCCCAGGUCCGCCCGUUCUCGCCCGAUCCCCGGAUGAUCUUCUCCAAUGUCGUUCUCACAUGUGCCGAUAUCCCGCCGACGGACAAGGAAGCCAUUGCAGGCGCAAUCAUGGCGCUCGGUGGCAUGGAGUCCAAAGACCUCUCACGCCAGACAACGCACUUGUGCGCCUUGUCGUUGGAUCACCCCAAAUGUAUCGAGGCGAAGAAGAAGAACCCGAAGUGCAAAAUCGUCCUUCCACAUUGGUUUGACGACUGCUUUCGGUUGGGCAAGAGGAUCGACGAAGGGCCCUAUCUACUGCCCAACCCCGAGAUCCUAACCAAGGCACCCGAGGAUGCCGUCAAGGUCCCUGCGAGUCAACAGCUGGACGGCGCUGUGUCUACGGUACCCACCGGACCAUACGAGACCAGCGGAAGCGAGAAACUGGUAGUUUUCGCGCAGAAGAAAGUUAUGCUCUCGGAGGACCUGCCCAUCAACGCCAUGUUGCGCAAGACGAUUACGGACAAGAUCAUCAAGGGCGACGGGGAGAUUGUCGAUGUGGUGGAGGACUGCGAUAUGUUUGUUUGCCAGUACCGUGAUGGCGAGCAGUACAUCCGCGCAUCACAGCUAGGGAAGGAUGUGGGCAACCUAGCAUGGCUGUACCACAUGAUGGUGUACAACGAGUGGACAUCGCCCUUCCGCCGGCUGCUUCACUACCCGGUGCCGAGGGAUGGUAUCCCCGGAUUCAAAGACAUGCGGAUCACGAUCUCGAACUACGGAGGCGAAGCGCGGAUAUACCUCGAGAAUCUCAUCACGGCAGCGGGUGCAACAUACACUCGGACCAUGAAGGCCGAGAACACACACCUCAUUACGGCUCGCAUGCACAGCGAAAAGUGUGAAGCUGCGAAGGACUGGAACAUUGAGAUUGUCAACCAUUUCUGGAUCGAGGAGAGCUACGCUGCCUGUCAAGUCUUACCUCUCAACAACCCAAAAUACCGGCAUUUCCCCCCACGGACGAAUCUAGGCGAGGUUAUCGGCCAGACAUCUUUUGAUGAGCCCACGCUGCGGGAAAAGUACUAUCCUGGUGGAGAGGAGCGCAUGACCGAAGCCGCCAAGAGGAAGAGGAAGAUCAACGAGCGCGCGCAGAAGAAUGCCCUCAACGUGGGACUGGAUCGGGAUUUCAGUGUCAUGCAGGAUUCGAGUCCAGGGGCCCAGGGGAAUUCGGCCGGGAAAGCUGCAGCAACGCCAGCACUCGGGACCUUUGCCACUCCGGCGAAAACGCGGCACAUUCGAUCUGGCAAGGAGAACGACACGCCUUCUGUCAUCUCCAGCGCGAGCCGCAGUGCCAAGGCGCAGGCGCUCUCCAAGCUACAGGAUUUGGCGCCAGAUAUUGCACUCUACGAGAAGGAGAAGAAGCGGGUGGCGAAGGAUGGUCACGGGAUAUGGGGCGGCAAGCGGGCGGCGGACCAGCUUGACAAGCAGCGGGCAGACAGGGGCUCAAGCCCGGCGAGCAAAGCGGCGGACGACGCCGAGGACGAGCCGGAAAACAAGCGGCCGGCCAAGAGGGCGAAGGUGUCGCUGCCGGAGGUAGACAUGCGGAUUUGUCUGACCGGAUACAAGCGCUGGGUAGAGAACAAGGGAGCAGAAGAGGCCGACCGGAGGAAACUCCGCUCGCUGGGGAUCCAGAUCGUGCCGGAGAACGCGCCUUGCAACUACCUCGCGGCGCCCGGCAUGGUGCGGACCAUGAAAUUCCUCCGGUGUCUUGCCAAGGGUCCUGAUGUAAUCAACUCGUCCUUCAUCACGGCGUGCAUUGAAACCGGCAAGCGGCCCCCCAUCAAAGAUCACCUGCUGGUGGACAAGGCCAAUGAGGCGCGGUUUGGCGUGACCAUCGAUAAGGCGGUACGCCGGGCGCGUGCCAACCGCGGCCGACUGCUCUGGGGCGUUCCUAUCUACUGCACCGCCGACAUCCCGAACGGGGUCGACGCGUAUAAGAAUAUCGCCGAGGCAAACGGGGCCAUAUUCAAGGUCUACCGAGCCAGGAGCGGUAGCACGAUCAGGCCGACGACGGAGGAGGAGGACGGUGGUGCCGAACCGGAUCCCGUGUACCUGCUCACAGGGUCGUCGCCGGCCGAGAGGCAGCUGUGGCCGCGGUUCCAGGAGAUGGCGCACAGGGGCCACAUGGAGCCGCGGAUUGUCAUGGCAGACUGGCUGUUGGAUGUGGCGAUGCGGCAGGAGCUGUCGUUUGACCCCAAGUACUUGAUGACAAACCGGGUGUGGGAGUAGGUGUGGAAGGUAUCCUUGGUAGCCUGGCGUUGGGGUGUUGGUUGCCGUCGUUGUUUUGUCGCCGUUUUGCGCACUCGCAUGGGAGUGAGUCAUCGUAUGCUCGCCUACUAGCCGGUACGCCAAGCAGCCGGCAACUCUCUGCCUCUUCCUCUUCCAGCAGCCUCCGAAGCGUGGUAGAGAGAAAUUCAG